AAGCUCUCUUUCUUUCUAAUGCUUCUUCACUCACAAGUCACAUCUCUAUUUCUUCUUUCUUCUAUCACUCUCUUAAUUUCUCCAUGAAUUUCCAAGAUCUUGAGCUUUCAUUAGGGAAACUACAAACACGAAAGAAGAAUGCUACAAAGAUUGCUCCAUUCGUUGCCCUCGCUAUUUUGUUCACUCUCAUCCCCAUUUAUUAUCCUUCUAUGCACCCUAAUAAACUCUCACCAGUUCUUUCUUCUUCUUGGGUACCGCUUCCAGAUAACGUAUCGCAGAAAAAGGAAUAUUUGACCAGUAGAGAAGAACAACAGGAAAAAACCAUAAUAUCAUCACAAGAAAAAGAUGAGAAAAGUCUACAAACUAAUCUGACCAAAAGUGACUCAUAUCAUUUAGUGGCGCCUCAAGGAAUAAAUGAUAGUACUAAAAACUGCGACUUAUUCUCAGGGGAAUGGGUAGCAAAUACAGAAGGGCCCUACUAUACAAAUAUGACGUGCUUUCAAAUUCAAGAACAUCAAAAUUGCAUGAAAUAUGGGAGGCCUGAUACUGGAUUCUUGAUGUGGAAAUGGAAACCAGAUGAUUGCGAGCUGCCAAUAUUUGAUCCUCGUCAAUUUCUGGAACUUGUUAGAGACAAAUCUCUGGCCUUUGUUGGAGAUUCUGUUGCAAGAAAUCAUAUGCAAUCAUUGAUAUGCCUCUUGUCCAGGGUUGUAUACCCAGUAGAUGUUUCAAAUACAACAGACCUUGAAAACAAACGCUGGGAAUAUAGAGACUACAACUUCAACAUGUCCAUGUUUUGGGCACCCUAUUUGGUAAGAGCAGAAAAAACCGAGCCCAAUAACAUAUAUCAGCCCUUUAAUUUAUAUCUCGAUGAACCAGACGAAUCUUGGACGACCAAAAUCCAAAGUUUCGAUUAUGUGAUCAUCUCUGCUGGCCACUGGUUCUUCCGUCCAACUAUGUUUUACUUAAACCAUAGUCUCAUUGGCUGCCUAUUCUGUUCACAAGCAAAUGUUAGCCAAUUGACAUCAUAUUUCAGCUACCAAAGGGCUUUUCAGACGGCUUUUCGGGCUAUUAAUAGCUUGGAAAAUUACAAAGGUGUAACAUUUUUGAGGACAUUCGCACCAUCCCAUUUUGAGGAUGGAGUUUGGGAUAAAGGAGGAGAUUGUGUAAGGACCGUGCCGUUUAAGAGGAAUGAGAAAGUGUUGGAUGAAUAUAACUUGGAUUUUUACAAGAUUCAAUUGCAAGAACUUGAGGUUGCUCAAAAAGAAGGGGAAAAUAGAGGUUUGAAGUUUAGGUUGUUUGAUGCAACACAAGCUAUGUUGUUGAGAGCAGAUGGUCAUCCUAGUAAAUAUGGACAUUGGCAAAAUCCAAAUGUUACUGUGCGUAAGGAUUGUGUGCACUGGUGUUUGCCAGGACCUAUUGAUGUCUGGAAUGAUUUCUUACUACAACUGUUGAAAAGGGAGGUAACUGAUCGGUAAUUUGCGUAGGCACUUUAUAUCUUAUAAUUGGCCUUUUUCUAAAGGAUAACUUCUUCUUUUUUCCAACUAUUAUUCAGAGUUGUUACUUUGUUUGUUGUGGUAUAAAAAGGGGAAAUUGCCCUACAAGAAGGAAAAACUGUAAGGGAAAAAUUUGGUAGCGCAAAAAACAAUUCUAU